AUGGAUGCCCCCGUACAGAUUUUCCGGGAGGAGCUGGACUCCACCUGCUCCCCGGGACCCUGUCGCCCCCCCAGCACCAGCAGCAGCUGGCUCCUGGGCUGGGCAGACUACGACGGCAACGCCACCAGUGCCUUUGGGGACGACCAGCACAACCACACCAGCAUCUCCCCCGCCAUCCCCAUCAUCAUCACAGCUGUCUACUCGGUGGUCUUCGUUGUUGGCUUGGUGGGAAACUCUCUGGUCAUGUUUGUCAUCAUAAGGUACACAAAGAUGAAGACGGCAACCAACAUCUACAUUUUCAAUCUGGCUAUGGCAGAUGCGCUAGUUACCACGACUAUGCCUUUCCAAAGCACUGAGUACCUGAUGAACUCUUGGCCCUUUGGUGAUGUGCUGUGUAAAAUAGUUAUUUCAAUUGACUAUUAUAACAUGUUUACCAGCAUAUUCACACUGACCAUGAUGAGUGUUGAUCGAUACAUUGCUGUAUGUCACCCUGUGAAGGCUCUGGACUUCCGUACGCCUCUCAAGGCGAAGAUUAUCAACAUCUGUAUCUGGCUGUUGUCUUCAUCUGUUGGUAUAUCUGCAAUAGUUCUUGGAGGUACCAAAGUCAGGGAAGAUACUGCUAGCACUGAAUGCUCCUUGCAAUUUCCAGACAAAGACUACGUGUGGUGGGACAUCUUCAUGAAAAUCUGUGUCUUUGUAUUUGCAUUUGUCAUUCCAGUUCUCAUUAUAAUUGUUUGCUAUACUCUGAUGAUCCUGCGCCUUAAAAGCGUGAGGCUUCUCUCAGGGUCUCGAGAAAAAGACCGAAACCUGCGCCGCAUCACCAGAUUGGUUCUUGUGGUUGUGGCAGUUUUUAUUAUCUGUUGGACCCCUAUUCACAUUUUUGUGCUGGUGGAAGCCUUAGGGGAUGUGUCCCACAGUACCGCUGCUAUAUCCAGCUAUUACUUCUGUAUUGCUUUGGGUUACACCAACAGCAGCCUCAACCCAAUCCUUUACGCUUUUUUGGAUGAAAACUUCAAGAGAUGUUUCAAGGACUUCUGCUUCCCCUUUAAGAUGAGGAUGGACAGGCAGAGCACCAGUAGAGUCAGAAACACUGUGCAAGACCCAGCUUAUAUGAGGGAAGCAGAUGGGACAAACAAACCUGUAUGACUAGUCGUGGAAAUGUCGUCUUACUGUCCUCAAGAGAGAGAAGAGUCCAAUGACCUAGGACUGACGCAGAUUACCACUGCAGUUUGAACUAGAUUCACCCAGACAGACAUUUCCGGAACAUUUCAGAAAUCGUAAGAGUUUGAACUAAAGCAAGUUAAGUACUGAAAAACAGGAACCUCCUGAAAAAAAGUUCAAAUGAAAAGG